UUAUUUCGUAAUACACUUUUUGUUUAAAUGCUCUUGGGAAAUAUAGGAUAAAGUAGAAUUAUAUAGUCUGCCCUAGAGUGUGAAAUAUUAAACACAAACACGUUUAUUUGCAUGUAUGUACGUAAUGUUUUAACUGGCGGCUGUUGCCAUGCAGAUGUUGCGGGAUAGUUUUGUAACUGGGCAGACCGGGAGAAGGCGUCCAAUUGGAAUAAUCCAUGUCAGGAAAAUACUUCCAAUCGACGAAUGAUAUUCCAGCUGCUUUUGGUAUCUGGGCAGACUGGUGCGGGUGGACCAAUAGGAGUGGACGUUGGCUUUGUAGUCAGGCAGACAUAACAAAGUCGGCCAAUCACAAAAGAAUCUGAAAGGGGAUUUUUGCUGAAUCUUUGCUCAGAUGCUGCUGCCGCUCAGCGCCGGUUAGUCGGUCAAGAUGUCGGAGGACCAGCGGGCCGAGGCUUCCCUCCAGGGGGGUAACCUGGAGGGGGGGGACGAUGACCUCGGGGUAGGGGAGGGCAACACGGAGCCCAGCAUGCUGCUGCAGAAACUCAAGAGUAACAUCUCGAAAAGUGUUCAAACCAAAGUGGACCAGAUUCUGAUCGAUGUCCAGCGGUUCUCUGACAACGAUAAGCUGUACCUUUACCUCCAGCUGCCCUCUGGACCCUCUUCUGGAGACAAGAGUGGCAGUGACUCCGCCUCCUUCAACACAGCUGACCAGCUCCACACCUGUAACUGGAUCCGGAGUCACCUGGAGGAGCAUUGUGACACGUGUCUGCCGAAACAGGACGUCUACGAGACCUACAGGAGACACUGUGAGAACCUGCAGCAUCGACCUCUGAGCGCCGCUAACUUCGGGAAGAUCAUCAGAGACAUCUUCCCAAACAUCAAGGCCCGGCGGCUCGGCGGCAGAGGACAGUCCAAGUACUGUUACAGCGGCAUCAGGAGGAGGACGGUCCUGAACAUGCCUCUGCUGCCCCCCCUGGACCUGAAGAGUGACCCGGCCGAGCUGACGGAGCUGGUCCAGACGUACAAACAGGAAGUGACGGAGGCGGCGUGCGAGCUCAUCUGCGACUGGGCGCAGAAGAUCCUGAAGCGCUCGUUCGACACCGUGGUGGAAAUCGCCCGCUACCUGAUCCAGGAGCACCUGGUGAACCCGCGGUGCAGCCGGGCCGAGCUGGUGACCUCCGCCGCGCUCGCAGGAGCGCCGGCCAAACCCCACAAGGUCAUCAAGAAGACGCCCCUCCCCUCCAGAGCCGACGGCGAGGGAGCCGGCGACCACAAGAAGGAGCUCGGAGACUCCUCGUCCAAGUCUGGAGACAGAUCGACGUCUGCUGCCAAGCCUUCGUCCCUGGAGGCUCCUCCUCCCUCCUCCUGCUCCUCCUCUUCCUCGCUGCGUCCGGCGGUGGAGGCAUUCAUGAAGCAAUUACCCAGAAUCCUCCCUCGCAGCUCCGUCCCUGAUAAGACUCAGCUCUCCGUUCGCUCCUCUCCGCCCUCAUUGGUUCCCAGAGAAUCCUCCGGGGUCAACGCCGCCGGAGUGAAGGUCAUCGCCAUGGCGACGCUGCCCCAGCAGCAGGGCGGGCCCCUCCCGGUGAUGAUCCUGCCUCAGGGCUGUCUGUCGUAUGAGUGCGAGAAGGUGGCUCCGCCCCCUCUUCCUUUAGCACCUCCCCCUCAGCAGCACACCUCUGCGUGCCCCACGUCCGUGCUGCAGAAGCCACGAGGGAACGGAAACAAGCGCCCCCUGGAUGCCGUGGCGUCGGGCAGCGGCUCAGUGGGCGUGUCCACCGCCUCGCCGGUCAAGCGGAAACGCGGCCGACCUCGGAAACCUCGCCCGGAGGAAGCCCUUCCUGCUCCUCCUCCUCCUCCAGCCGCUCUUUCUCCCAAACCCCCCCUCCCCCCGCCCGUCAUCACCUCCGUCCCCGGCGGCGUCAUCCAGAAAGCCUCCUCCUCGCAGCCGGUGCUGGAGCUGCUGAUCCAGGAGCAGCCGGGGCUCCUUCCGUCGGAGACCAAGCCGGUCCGCCCGCUGCUGUUCCUCCAGAGCCCGGCGGGGAACCCCGGCUGGGAGCUGACGGGACGCCCCCCCCCGAUGGUGGAGGUCAUCCAGAAGGCCCCGGGGCCCGGCAACAACAACUCCACUCCUCCACCCGCCACCCAUCUCCAUGCUCUCCCUCCGCCCAGGCUGCACCAGGAGCGGGGGGAGGUGGAGAUAACGCUGACACCAGUGGAGCUGGACGUCAACCCCCCCCCCUCCUCCUCCUCCUCCUCCUCCGCUGCCACCUCCUCCUCCUUCUGCUCCAUCACUGUGGUGAAGAGUGAGGAAGAGCCAGAGAACAGCACCUCCUCAAAAAAAGGGUCUCACUAGCGCUUGUCGACACAUAAGCCCCGCCCCCUCUUCCUCAUUGGUGGAAAUCCCAGAUUGAGCCAAUGGAGGAGGAGGAAUGAAGCCAAACCAGCGACUGUGAAACUGCACGUCUGGAAGCAGGAAAGCUUCCUCUCUUCCAUCUUCGCCUCCAGACUUCACAUUCGGAGGUUUUUCAGUCGCUUCACCUGAUGAAAAAAAUCCAGUGACACAAAGAAAGGAGGAAAAGCGGAGGAAGGGAAGGAGACAAGUGAACAGGAUGAAAUCAGCCUGAUGGUACUACGGGUCAGAACCUUGUGAAGGUUCUUUGUGCUAAAUACCAAGCUCCGCCUCCAUUCACCUUCUUUCUGUUCUCAAACAUUCCUGAAUGAAGGUGAAUCGAAGCUGUGUGUGUGUGUGUGUGUGUGUGUGUGUGUGUGUGUGUGUGUGUGUGUGUGUGUGUGUGUGUGUGUGUGUGUGUGUGUGUGUGUCAGAAAUAUUCAUUCAUACAUUCAUUCAUUUAUUCAUCCCUGCAUUCUGAACUCUGAUGUUUGGAUGUCAGGUCUCUGGUGGGCGGCGACCAUAUUUGUAGUUUAAUGGCCUAUUUCCAUCAGUCUUUUUUUAAUUUGAUAUAUAUUUAUAUUCUAGUGCAGACAAAAACUUUAAGGUAUAUACAAUACAAUUAGUUUAUUCUGAGAAAGAAUUAGAGGAAGUUUGGAAGAUAAAAGACUAUUACAGGAAGUGUGGAAGAUAAAAGACUAUUACAGGAAGUGUGGAAGAUAAAAGACUAUUACAGGAAGUGUGGAAGAUAAAAGACUAUUACAGGAAGUGUGGAAGAUAAAAGACUAGAGGAAGUGUGGAAGAUAAAAGACUUACAGGAAGUGUGGAAGAUAAAAGACUAUUAGAGGAAGUGUGGAAGAUAAAAGACUAUUACAGGAAGUGUGGAAGAUAAAAGACUAGAGGAAGUGUGGAAGAUAAAAGACUUACAGGAAGUGUGGAAGAUAAAAGACUAUUAGAGGAAGUGUGGAAGAUAAAAGACUAUUACAGGAAGUGUGGAAGAUAAAAGACUAGAGGAAGUGUGGAAGAUAAAAGACUUACAGGAAGUGUGGAAGAUAAAAGACUAUUAGAGGAAGUGUGGAAGAUAAAAGACUAUUACAGGAAGUGUGGAAGAUAAAAGACUAGAGGAAGUGUGGAAGAUAAAAGACUUACAGGAAGUGUGGAAGAUAAAAGACUAUUAGAGGAAGUGUGGAAGAUAAAAGACUAUUACAGGAAGUGUGGAAGAUAAAAGACUAUUAGAGGAAGUGUGGAAGAUAAAAGACUAUUAGAGGAAGUGUGGAAGAUAAAAGACUAUUACAGGAAGUGUGGAAGAUAAAAGACUAGAGGAAGUGUGGAAGAUAAAAGACUAUUACAGGAAGUCUGUUGGAGGAAGUAUGGAAGAUAGAACGGGUCUCACGUGAUUCCCGUUAGCACUUACCUAGCCUCAAAAUGUCCUCCCGUGUUCCAGGAACUAGAUGGUCAUGAGACAGUUUGUGGCGUCUUGGUUAAAGUUAACUUCCUGAAUCGUGGCCUUUAACGAGUUGUCGCCUUUUGCCGAUGUGACAACUCAGCGUCUUUCUUUCAUCCCGUCGAUGUAAACAGUGUUUUCAAGUUUUAUAAAGAAGAAACAAGACAAUAUCGAGAGCUCAGAGAAAACCUAAUCUGUUCCUGUUAUAAUAUAAUUAAUGUCCAAAAGAUCAAUAAAAACAGAACGAUUUGAGAUCAGAUAACUGAGGAUGAAAUCCUUAAAGAAUUUGUCGUUAUUGAACGAGAAGCAAAACCGUCAAAUGUUUGGUCAGUAAAAUAAUUUUCCUGAUUAGGGUUCUGCGUUAUCGUUAAUCCGUUAUUAGCAAAUGACUCAUAAGAGAAAAUAUUAUUACUGUAUAAUUCUAAUAUCGCCAUAACUUCCUUUCAACUUUAAUAUUUGUGCCAACGCUUACACAUCAAAGUGUGUGUGCGUGUGUGCGUGUGUGUGUGUGUGUGUGUGUGCGCGUGUGUGUGUGUGUGUGUGUGUGUGUGUGUUCCGAGAGCAUCGGGUUGUUUUAAAGCGAGGCCCAAAAAAGAUUUCAGACUGUUAAAGUGAAACCUGUUGCAUGAUGGGAAAGUAGCGUCACAUUUUUGUACUUACCGAAGUGAAGUGCCAUCAUGAGGAGCAUCGCCGAGGCUCCGCCCCCUUUCAGACCGACCUGAAACAAUGAAAAGUUUGCACUGUUAAAACAUAGAAAGAGACAGAAAGACGUUGUGUGUUGUUCAUCUGUGUUUCUACGUAUCUCUGCUGGUUCUGUUCGUACAGAACAUCACUUCCUGCAGUUUACCGUUUAAACUCAACCAGACGCCAGAGGACACAUUUCCAACAGGAAGUGAUUCCUAAAGACAUCAGUAUAACUCCAAAUAACUUAGGUAGUCACAUGACCCGAAGUCACAACACUCACCCAGACUUAUAUGGCUUGAUUUUGGACUAGUUAGUCUUGAUGGUCCCAGGAGAACCUUGUUGGACUCACUCAGAGACCACUGUUAAAGACUCAAGAGCAACUCUAGGGUUCAAGUUGCUUAUGCUGUCCAACAAGUUGUCUGGUCAUCCGUCCUCAUCCGUCCUCACAGUCCUGGAUCAAUAUCCUCAAACUGUUCCUCCGAAACUCAAAGCGUCUUGUUCUAGAGUCGAUCCAAAGGUUCCUGCUGCCGGACCUGCUGCGCUGGAUGUGAAGACUUCGGUUUAGUCUGAUUCGGUUCGGUGUGAUCAGGUCUAGUCCGGUUUAGUCAGUUGUGGUCUGGUUUGGUCCGGUUUGGUCUGGUUUGGUCCUGGCAUUAGGAGCCCGGGUCUGAGAGGGUCGUAGGACUCUCUCACUGUGGAGGUGAGAUGCUAAAAUCAACGGAUCAGGUGCGUCGACCUUGAGGGAGCAGACUCAGCGACGCAGCUUCCUCUGAUGUCACUUCCUGUGCUUGAUCUGUCACUCAGUGGUUUAUUAUUUACAUCCUUAUGGUUUAAGUUAAAACUCAAAUCUGUUACAGCAUGAAAUAGUUCAGUUCUCAGCUUGUAGACGUCACAUGGUUCGAAGGAAGGAAACAGGAAGUACAAGUUGAGCCAUCAGGAGACCCCCAAAGCUGCUUUCACCAAAUGCAGAGUCAUUUUCAAGAUCUUUGUACAAUAAAUCUGUCCAAUUAAAUAACCGCGCAGAUUUAAAACCCAAAUGGCGUUAUUGUGAGGGGGCUACAACGUUAGCUUAGCAUCCGUCAAACCAGACUCCCUCCAGGAAACAAGCAUUUAAAAGUGUUCACUCGCUAUGGAGAGAAAUGACACAACUUGAAUCCAGACUAUGAAUCGGCUUCAUGAAUCACAACAAACUGGUUAUUUUGUGUUGGUUCAGCUGGUGAACCAAUGGUUAUCAAUAAACACUAACCCCCCCCCCCCCCCCCGAUCAAUACCUUUAAUCUGCUCUGCAAACCAUCCGCUUGAAAUGCGAGUUCAAGACGCAGUUUAGUUAUUUUUUCUUAAUGCUCAAUGUAGCGUGAAGAAAAAACGCAAAGCACUUAAAUAAAGUCGAGAUGGCGUUUUCCUGGUCAAACACUGGUUACUAUGACAACAAUGAUGAUGAUCACCAUGGUACUUUCCUAUCAACGAUCCACUCAGAUUUAAGUGAUCUGAUUUGAGUAGUCGGUCGGUGCUGAUGCAUUCUGGGUAAUGGGGUCCUCGGCGCCGACCAGGACUCCUGACGAGACACAUUUUAGAGCUUCAUGCCGCCAUUUUCUUGUUUAUUUCUCCUUUUUGUUGUUGUUGCCGUUUGUCGUUGCUCUCGUAUAACUUUUUGAUGUGCAGAUUUUAUUAUUAUUGUUAAUGCUACUGUUGCUAUGGAGACGAAUAUGUUUGCUCUAUGUUGGCUUCCUGCAUGGUUUUAUUUCCUGUGACUGUUGUGAAUGAUUAACUUUAAACUUUAGUUUUUCUUUCUGUGUAAUGAGCUGGUCUUUUUGUGUUUUUUUGCACUUUACUCCUUUUGAAAGUAAAUAUUUAGUCCAAAACAAAGUUAAAGGAGCAGUGUGUAAAGUUCAGUGAGGAUAUAUUGAAGAUCAAAUCCAUCUUUCUACUGCAGUCGUGACUCGUUCAGGGACCUCAAAUUAAACUGUUAAAGAUCGUAGUUGAUGAGCCACGACGUUAGUGCAGAUUUCUAUUAGUGGAUCUCGUGAUGUUGUUUAAUAUCAAAACUACACACACACACACACACAACAUCGACAACAAUCAUUGCUGCAAAUAAAAUAUGUGAGUAGAGUAGAAAACGUGAUCAAUAACUCUGCAAACAUGAAACUAAUCAGACCGUAGUUCUUCAUCUUCUUCACUCAGAAGUAUGAGACCCACCAGAUGUCUCUAAAACAAACACACUGUCCCUUUAACACCCCCCGGUUGUUUUCAUGUUUUGUUUACUUGUUUGUUUUGUUGUGAGAAACCGAAAUGUGACAGAAGACAGAACAUUAAUUUGAAUCUAUUUUCCUACGAUGAAUAAAGGAAGACGUUCACUGGCACAUGAACCAAAUCCGUUGAUACGCUUCUUUUAUGCCUCGUUUACUCACUUCCUUUCCUUCUUUCUUUCAGUUUGCUCUUCAUUCCUUUCCUUUUGUCUCCUUCAUUCUCCUGUUUUGUCUUCCUUUCUUUGUCCUUUCUUUCCUCUUUUAUUUCAUGUUAAUUAGUUUUUCUUCUUUUCCUUUAUUGCAUGUCCUCCCUUUUCCUUCCUCUUUGAUUUCCUUUGUCAUCUCUCCUUCUUUCAUUUGCUUCUCUUCCUCAAAGCUUCUCUUCUCUUGUUUCCUAUCUUUAGAUCUAAGUAUCGACUCAUAAUUAUCACAGUAGAAAUACUACAGUAUGUGUUACAGCAGGGUGUCACACGCAUUUCAGGUUUGGGUCAUCUUAAUGCCUUCAAGUAUUACUUUACAUGAUUUACUUUAAUGAAUUGUAAUGUUUUUAUAGGUUUAGGUUCAAAUAAAUCUGCAAACAGGAAA